UUCACCCGGGACUUCUCACAUUACCUCUUCGUCACACUUCCUUGGAUCCCUGUGGUCGUCUCCAUCAACGACUAUGUCUUUGAGAUUGUUAGGAUCCGCGGGCCUUCGAUGUCACCUUUCUUUAAUGAGCGGCACAACGAGACGAGUCGGUCCGACGUGUGCCUGAUGUGGAAGUGGUAUGCACAGCGGAACCUGCAGAGAGGCAUGAUCAUUACAUUCCACAACCCACUGAAACCCGACGCGCUCACCACAAAGCGCAUCGUGGGCCUUCCAGGAGACCUCAUCCACACCCGGCCUCCGUUCACAAACCCAUACAUCCGCGUUCCGCCAAACCACGUCUGGGUCGAGGGGGACGAGGGCGGCAAGUUGACACAGGACAGCAACAUGUACGGGCCAAUCUCGAUCCGGCUUAUCCAGGGACAGGUUACGCACAUCUUGUGGCCAUGGCGCAAGGCUGGCAGGGUUAGGUGGUGGGAGCAUCCAGACAGACUGGGUGCCUUUAGACAGUGAGAGAGAAAUGGAGAGAAGAGCAAAAGAAAACUAAAAAGGGAAGGGAACCCUUGAUUUUCCACUGCAUGAAAACCUGG